AUGGAAAGACUUAAAGAAGAACUGAAGAAAUGGCAGGAAAGAGUUGAACAGGCUAAAAAAGCAAAAGAUGACCUUCUUGUUCGUAAAUUAAGUGCUGAUGAAAAGUAUGAUGAAGCAGAGAAGGAGCUGCUAAAGCUAAAGGACUUUCAGGAGAAGCAGCAAAAGGAGAUUAUUACAUCUCGGGACACCCACAAGAGAGAACUCAACGUACUAAACCAAGAAAACGCUGAGCUGAAGAGAGAGAUUGAAAAGCUCAAAGAAGACCUUGCGGAAUGUAAUUCGAUUAAAAAAAAGGUAGCAGAUACGAAAAUGAAGUUCAGUCACAUGGAAGACAGGAAGGAUGAUAAUCCAGAUAUGAAUACUUGCUGUGUUUUUGGGAUAACUACAAAAAUCCCAUUCGGACUGAAUCAAAACCAAGCACUGGUUACUUUUGAAGAUGAAGAAGUUGCCCAGAGACUGAUAAAAAUGGGGAAGCAUACGGUGAACCUGGACAACAAAAAAAUGGACAUGAGAGUGAAGCCUUUUACACUUGAAAUGGGAAUCAAAUUUACGCUCAAAGUCACUAUUUCUGGAAAGAGGGUGAACAUUUCAGAAGUACCUGAGCUAUCCAUUCCCGAAGACUGGAUGAGAGACAAACUAGAGCUGAAUUUCUACAAAUCUGAACAGGGAGGAGGAGGAGAAGUAGAGGAUGUGAAGUAUCACAAGCAGUCUAGAUCAGCUGUUGUUACGUUCCUCAGACCCGGAGCAGCUAACAACGUUCUGAGAUGUAAUAAAUAUCCUUUCUUUGUAAAUGGAAAGUGCUAUGGACUUUCUGUGUCCCCAGACCUCGACGUUUACAUGGAAAGGUUUCAGAUCUAUUGUGGGAUUUCUAAGAAGACCAUUCUGUUGAAAGGAAUUCAAGAGAUGGAAGACGAUGAAGAAAGUAUACAGGACAUGAUUGAAAUUCAUUUUCAAAAGCCUAGUAAUAGUGGUGGGGAAAUAGAGAAUAUCAAAUAUGUAUCAAAAGGAGUAACAUGGGUUUGGUUUGAGGAGGAUACCUAG